AUACAAGAAGAAGAUGGGCUAUUUUUACAAGGAUUGGAAAGGUCUGUGGGUGCAAUUAUCAAAUCCUCGGCUAUCUCACUCUAUCCUAAUUAUUAUCAAGAUAAUACAUCGAAGCAAUCUAUUACGCUUGGUUUAAACAGUAUUUUGGAUUUGUCGUAUAAUUACUCAGAAGCUCAGUCAGGGUUAUUCACUCCUGAUCAGUGCAGAAAGCUGAGAACUUCACUUGCAAAAAAGGGGAAAGCAAGGCCACUUGCUAUGAAUCCAAAAGUCGAAAAGAUGCUGUGCAGAGCAGAGUCGUUAGCCGAAAAUGAUAUCAUUAAGGCUAGUGAUUACAUCUACAAGUACUUAUAUCAAAAAAAGCAAGUUAACACAAGACGAAGCUUUCACUCUGCUUGCCCAUGCUUUUAUUACAGAAUCUAUUGCUCAUAA